UUUUAGAUUUAAAUUUAUCAAAUGUUUUAUGAAAAUUAAAAGUUUUUUGUUUGCUGAAAAGGUUGUUGUUUCAUAAUGGCAUUGUAUGAAAACAUUAGUGCUCAAAUUCAAGAAAUAGAAAUUUUGGAAUCAAUGUUUCCAGCUGAAAAUGAACUAUACUGGCACAAUAAAACUCUUUAUUUAAAUGCUAAGCAGUUUUUACUUGAUGGUCCGCCAACUUUAGAUAAUCAAAUUGGUGUUAACCUAAAGUUUCUUUGCUUUGAAAUUAAUUUUAAUGUUAUUGUUAAAAUUGAAAACAAUGAAAUAGAGAAAAGUAAAGAUAAAACAUAUUUUUUAAAAUUAAAUGUUACAUUUCCAAGUUUAUACCCUAAAGAACAAUAUCCAGAAGUAUUUCUUAUUUCGAAUGAUUUGCCACGAAACAAACAGACUGCACUCAGUCUGAGCAUGAAUAAUUUUAUUGUAAGUCUUGAUCUUGGCUCAAUGAUGAUCCUUGAAAUAGUACUUUGGUUGCAGAAUAAUGCUCACAAAUAUUAUGUGGAUCUUUCAAGUCCACAAUGCCUGAAAGCAAAAAUUUCUGAAAGUAAAAGUGAACAGUUCAUGUGUUUAUACAUGCAUCAUAUUUAUAAUAAAGAAAAACGUAAAAACAUUUGCUAUUGGGCUGAAGAGCUGUUGUUAACAGGAUUUUUGCUGCCAGGAAAACCUGGCGUUGUUUACGUAGAAGGUGCAGCAUAUGAUAUUGAAGAGUACUUUGAACGUUUGCGCAAACUAAGUUGGAAAAAAAUGACUUGUAAACUUAAAGAUGUUUGUGAAAAAAGGAAGUUCAAUGAAUUUCAAGAGCUUUCAUUUGGAUCUAAUAGCUCUAAAAACUAUCAUAAUGAUAUGGGAAAAUUUUUCACAUUUUUAAAAGAUAAUAAUAUAGGUUAUUUAUUUAAAUGUCUUUUUGGGGUUGAAAGUUAAUUUUCUUGAAAUAAAUAUAUAUGUUAAAA